AUGGAGGUAUUCCUAAAUCAGAUUAUUUCUAGGCAUGGAGUUCCUCUCGAGGUUCAUACUGAUCAAGAGAGAAAUUUUGAGUCACGAAUCUUCCGUGAACUGUCGCAUAUAUUUGGAAUUAAGAAGACAAGGACGACCCCCUUGCAUCCACAAACCUCCAAACAUGAGACCACAGGUUUCUCCCCAGCGGAGCUAUAUCUUGGACAGGAUCUCAGAUUACCAAUGGAUUUGUUACGCGGUAGCCCACCUGUUGUUGAGAAAUCAGUAUCAUUGGAAAGUUAUUCCACUAGGGUAAAGAGAAAGUUAGACGAAAUUCAUGAGAACGUAAGGAAGCGAUUACAUAUAAAAUCUUCACAAACAAAAUCCUGGUAUGAUCAAAAGACUAGGUAA